UUGCGGCGUCAGUGGGAGCUGCGUGAGAGAAAUCAACUGCUGAUUGAUAAAUCUUUUAGUUUUUUGGUACAUGGAAUUACUGUUUCAAAUGGAAAUGAGAAGAGAGUGGGGAUGCACGGACCAAUUGAGACGGAGCUGGCCUGUGAUUGGCUUCGGGAGGUCACGGUUGGACUGCGGCCCCGCCCCGUCUCGCUUAAUAUGAGAAUCUAGUGGCGCCAGACGCAUCAGUGUAUCCUUAUACCACAUGUCAUUAAAGCACCGCGCGGAUCAGGAGGUUUACGUCCGACUCGUAUUGGUCUGUCAGCUGAUCGCAGUGGUUAAUCGCAAUUUCAACAGGUAUCCGGAGGAAAAACACACUUUCAUGGACUAUAGCCUCUGAUCGGAAUGCACGUCACAUCGAGGGUAUAGUAAAAUGUGUUGAAAAAGGUGAAGACUGGGGAUUCAACAUCCAUCGUAAAAAAAACAUCAGACCUGCUCGCUCCUCAGCGACCGAGCUCGGGAACUAUCCACGUUUAAUAUCAAACCGCCUUUAAAAAAAAAACGUUUUUUGGCUUUUCUUACGUGGAGGUGUAUAACGCUCGCCAGCCGACACACAUCUGAAGCAGAGAAGAGAAGAGCACAGAGACCGCAGAGUUCACCAUGGAAGUCGCAGCGGCCGACCAGUCUCGGUGGAUGGCGCACCAUCACGCCGUCCUGAAUGGCCAGCACCCGGACGCUCAUCACCACAGCCUGGGUCACAACUACAUGGAGCCCAUGGCCCCCCUUCUGCCCCAGGACGAGGUGGACAUGUUUCUCAACCAUUUGGACUCGCAGGGGAAUCCUUACUACACCAACUCCCGGGCGAGGGUGACAUACAGCCAGGCACACGCUCGUUUAACUGGGAACCAGGUCUGCCGGCCACACCUCAUCCACAGCCCGGGCAUCCCCUGGCUAGACCACGGCAAGGCUGCCCUGUCUGCAGCCCACCACCACAACGCAUGGGCGGUCAGCCACUUCAGCAAACCAGCGCUGCAUCCCGCCAGCUCCGGCUACCCCUGCAACAGUAGCGCCAACACCACCCCCGCGUCCCACUCCAGCCCACACCUCUACAGUUUCCCCCCAACACCACCCAAAGACGUGUCCCCGGACCCCGGGCCCACCUCCCCAACCUCCACCUCGACGAGAAUGGACGAGAAAGAUUCGAUCAAGUAUCAGAUGCCGCUGUCGGACGGCAUGAAAAUGGAGAACUGUAGUCCUCUCCGGAGCAGCCUGGCCUCGAUGAAUGCUCAGACCCCGGCCACCCACCACCCCAUCCCGACCUACCCGAGCUAUCCCCUCCACACGCCGCACGAGUACAGCGGGAGCCUGUUCCACCCCGGCAGCCUCCUCGGCGGCUCGUCCUCCAGCUUUACUCCCAAGUGUAAAAGCAAAGCCAGGUCGUGCUCAGAAUUCUAUGCAGAGGGUCGUGAGUGCGUCAACUGUGGUGCCACCUCCACCCCCCUUUGGCGACGAGAUGGUACGGGCCACUACCUAUGCAACGCCUGCGGACUGUACCACAAGAUGAACGGCCAGAACCGACCACUCAUCAAGCCCAAACGCAGACUGUCCGCUGCAAGACGUGCGGGCACCUGCUGCGCGAACUGCCAGACCACCACCACCACCCUCUGGAGGCGCAACGGGAACGGGGACCCCGUCUGCAACGCCUGCGGCUUGUACUACAAGCUGCACAACGUCAACAGACCCCUGACCAUGAAGAAGGAGGGCAUCCAGACCCGCAACCGCAAGAUGUCCAGCAAGUCCAAGCGCGGAAAGCGAAUGGGGGACCCCUACGACGACAUGUCAAAGUGCAUGCACCACGACAAGGGCUCUCCGUACGGAGGUGGGCCGGGCCUGGGCGGCCACAUGACCCACAUGGGGCACCUGCCCCCCUUCAGCCACUCCGGACACAUGCUGCCCACCCCCACCCCCAUCCACCCCUCCUUCGGACACCCCCAUCACUCAAACCGCUCCCCGGUGUGGGGGGAGCCCCACUGAGAGGCCAGACCCCUCCCUCGGACCCUGAGACCCCGAGUACUGGGCCCGGUUCUUGGACCUGGGACUCCUUCAUCACAAAGAUAUUCUCUAAACACUAUUUUCAGAGAAUAACCUCCCCCGCCCCCCCCCCCCCACCCCGCAAGCCCCCCCCCCCCCCCCCACACGCUCAACCCACCCCACACACACUCACAGACAAACACACAUCUAAAAUAAUAGUAGGAGAUGAACUGAUAAUUUCAUGUACAGCGGUUGAAUGGGAUCGACUCUCCGACUGCAACUCUGACUGCUUCCCAUCUGAUGCCGGUUAGAGAAGGACAGAGAGAGAGAGAGAGAGAGAGAGAGAGAUAGAGGGCGAGCCGGAGACAGCCAGGACAGCAGGACUCAAAGCAGGACUCUGGUUGAAGAGCCGUAGCAUGCUGUGGAGGAGCAUGAAGACGGGAGCCACGUGUGUGUGUGUGUGUGUGUGCGUGUGCACGUGUGAGGCAAAGGAGGGCACGAAGACGUCGAUGAGCGAUCGAUUGCUAUUAUUAAUUAUUUUUUACUAAGUCACUUUGGUACAUGCCUGUCUUUGACCCUGGAGCAGGAGGCAGAGCAGUCUUAACUGAACCCUUCUCUCGUCGCGUCCUGCCCCCCUUCAUCUCCUCCGACACUUGGCUGUGGUCCGUUCAGUGGUGCGGUACUGGACACUACUUCAGAAGCAAGCGUAUAUAAACUUUAAUGAUGAACAGAUCGGUCCGAAGACUACAAGCCCCCAGAACCCCCCUGGGCUCCCCUCACAUGCUGGACUGUGCUCCACGACGCUCACCUGUUUUUAUUAAUGGACUUUUACGGAAGAAAGAUGGAAGUAAAUAGAAUGUUUAUAAACGCUUAAUUACUAUUAUUGUUAUAUUUGAUGUUGUAAUUAUUGCUACGAUAAUUUAUUUUCACUCUUAAUGCUUUCAUCAAAGACACACAGAAAUUGUUUAAUUUCAAUUUCAUGGUUUUUAUGUAAAGAGAAAACACUGCCUAGAUGAAAUGUCCUUGAGCUGUAAGAUUUGAUCAUUUUUCCAUCUCACAAAAAUAAAGGAAAUAAAGUUUAAUACUGAACACUGUA